GUAAUCUGAUACAAUCUUACCACUACUAUGUUGCUUGGCACACCACAUCUACGCUUAUGGUCUCCGUCGCUUAGGCAUCUAUUAGUCUAGAGAAUCAGCCGCAGCCCCAGACUUAAAGGUCUUUUAUCACCCGGGGGAAGUGAAAUCAGCUACCUCUUUACCGACCCCAUUCCACAGCACAGAAACCUUACAUAAAUACUUGGGUGUAUUCAGCCUAGCAGCAACCCGUGCGUACGUAACACCGGUACUUUAUAACGGCAACCAUCAUGGAGUCAAUCGAAGAGACAAACGGAGCUUUCACUAGCGGUGAUGAGCUCGCAGAACCGAUCACGCAAACAAUCGAUUUGGGAAACGGUUCGGGAGACGUGACGAUUAUCCUCCGAUACUUUCCAGAGCCAGAUGAGCAGAAGACGGAGCUUCACGGACUUAUAGUGUCGUCGGAAGCGAUGGCUCGAGCUUCUCCUGUGUGGAAACAGAUGUUUGCAGGUCAGUGGGCGGAGACCAAAGCCGGCCGCCGCCUCGUCCUCGAUCACAGAGAAGACGAUUACAAGGCCGUAGUAACCAUCAUGAACAUCAUCCACCUACGAUUCAACGACGUUCCUCAGACCGUCACUCCAGGCGAGCUUAAGGCAAUAGCGACCUUUACGGAUCAACGCAUGGCCACAGCUCUUGUUGUCCCUUGGAUCGAGCGAUGGCUGAAACACCUCUCUUGGUCUGUGGAAAUAGUAGGAUACGAAACUGAAUGGCUCUGGGUUGCUUGGGAGUUCGGCCUGGCCGAUGUAUUCGACCGCGUUGCCUGCAGACUUGCGUACGGGGCACCUGUUCCAGUAGCUAAGUCUAUACCACAACCCUCAAUGGCCGGCACGUUAAGCCAUUCUGGAGAACCGGUUUACUCGCCAGAAGAGCAUGAAGUCCAGGAUAUUCUCUACGACGUUGAUUUCAAUAUGCUUCCCCCAGGAGUCGAAGGUAAGUAAAUUUGUCCAAGGCAGUAUCAAGAACUAACGUUCUUUUGAAGAUGUUAUCAAGG